UCGUCGAGUGCGUUUGCUGAGUGAGGUUUUCGGCUGCCGUUACCGUUAACGUCGAAUUUCUAACAAUUAUUAUUUGUAUUAUUAGUUAUUCGCCAACACUUAGUGGCUUCUUCAGCUGCGGCUUCUCAUCGUUGGGCGUUGAAGCGGUGCAUGUGCGUGUGUGCGAUAUGCAAUCAGUGCAAUAAGCAAACAACAACAACAUACAAUUUUUCUGUUUUUAGAACUCGCCCACCUGGCGUAUGAGUAACCAGCCACUACAGUGUGUGUGUGUUAAUAAGUGCCAAGAACAGUAUUUGCCAAACUCGUUAAUUCCGAUAAUUUCGCGUAACAAUAUUAAAAGUUAAGAAAAUUAAACACUAAAAAUAUAUAUGCAACAAUAAAAAAAGUAAUAAAAAGCGCAAAAUCAACAGCAACAAAAACAAAAAAACGGAAGCAGCAAUUCCAAGUCAUAAGUGAACAUAAAAAUAUACACAAAAGCAUCAUGGUGUCACGCCGCAAGAUUCUUUCACGUUCUAGAGAUGAUCUGAAUUUGGAUCAGACUUUUAGUCCACAGGAAGAGGAGGAGGAUGUGUGGUAUCAAAAGGAGAAACUCUAUAAGGAGCACAUACAAGAAGUUUUGGACAAAUGGACACAAAUCGAUGAUGAGAUUUGGGCCAAAGUGAUUGUUUUCGAACGCAAUCGACGCGUAGCGAAAGCAUAUGCACGUGCGCCAGUGCUCACCAUAAAUGGCUCAGAUGAUGGCUUCGAUGGCAUGCGCAUCGGCUUAUGCGGUUUUGAUAAUCCAAUGCGCGAUCAGAAGACCGAGGAAUAUAAGCGGCACAUCGGGCAGGGUGUCAAAAUCAAAAUGGAUGACGCUGGCAAUAUACUCGUUCGCCGCUAUGCCAAAAGCAAUGUUUACGUUAAGAGCACAGCGAGCGCUCCCAACGAGGAGACAUCCAUUGGUGCCGACAUACUCAAAUUGCCAAACCAAGCAUUGGAAAGUGAAAAAAUAGUCAAAUUAUUCGAUAUGAAAAAAUUCCAAUCGAAUGUAAAUCGUGAACUUCGUCGUGCUUAUCCCGAUCGUCGACGCCUGGAGACGCAAUGUCUGUCCGUUGUGGCUUUUGUCAAAUCGGAGAACGAUAUAUUGGACUGUCCCGUUUGGGUGCUCAUUGUCAAUGUGGUCGCAAUGGAUAUGCUAAAGAGCAAAUUGCCACCAGUGCAACGCCCCAUAGUGGACAUUAAGAAUCGCCCUAGGAUCCCCAUACCCGACGAGGAUCCGUACAGCGUGGCCGGCAAUGGCAGCGGCGGCAGUUCGGGCAGCUCUGGUUUCGGUGCUGGCAGCAGCCAUCAUUCACAACAACAACAGCAGCAGCAGGUCGCCGCCGCCAGUAUGGGCAUGCACACCAUGAACGGCGCUGGUAUGAAUGGUGGCACCGCAGUCGCCGGACAUGUGGCCGCCACACGUGAACAGUUGCUAUUGCAGACACAACAAUUGGCUCAUAAACGCAGCGAGAAACCGCCGAAAUUGCCGCCACGCGAUAAUAUUUACUCGCAUGACAUUAUACCCAAGCCCGAUUACGAUGACAUCGAGGUGGACACCAGAAUCAAAUUAUCACGUGGCAAAUCAGACAAAGGCAAAGACAACAAAAAAUAUGAUGAUCCUUACUAUUGUGGCUUGCGCGCACGUGUACCGAACUUCGUGAAGACCUCCAAGUCCAGCAAGGAGCACAAGGAGCACGUCACCAAUGGGACACUGGUCAAUGGCAACGCUGGCCACACGAAUGGCAACAGCAACGGCAGCAACAUGAACACACUCAGCCAGAAGAAGAACUCCAUGAUCCACAUGUCGAUGACGGCGCCCAAUUUGCACGCGAUGCAUGUGGCAGCACCACAGCCGCCGCCACACAUGCAUCCACACCACAUUCAGCAGCAGCAGCUGAUGGCUGCCGCUGCAGCACACGCCGUGCAUCAUCAACAGCAUCACGUGCCGCAGCAUCCGAUGUGGCAGACGCGCAGCUUCGAGAGCGGCAUAGAUGCCGAUUUAGUUGAAUCACCAUACAAUCACAUCUAUGGACGCUUGCCGCUGCCAACUCGUGGCUACGUGCCCACACCGCGCACCAUGUACAUUGGCGAAUGGGAUUGAUAAGCAAGCGGAGAGCGGAAAUUCGAAGCACAACAUUAAUAAUAAAUACAUAUAGCCAUAUACAUAUGUAUAUAUAUGUAUUAUAUGUCUAUGACUUUGCUCUGUAUACUCAAAAAAGUACUUCAUAUAUAUAUAUUUCGAUUUGGGUGUACAUAUAUGCUUAUGCGCACGUUUAUUAUGCAACACAGUGAACAUAAGAAAGAAUAUAUGCAUAAUUUGUAUGCAACAUUUAUUAACUAAUUGUAAGCUUAUAUAUGUUUAUGUAACUGAGUAGCAAUGUCUAAGAGUAUAUAUACAAAACACAUACAUAUAAAAGAAUGUUAUUGUAGAGCACGUAAAACCGCAAUAUUAAGUUGAAAAUGUGGAAAAUUUAGCAGAAAAAUAAUUAGUAUUUACUAUAAAGAAAAAUAAUAUACCGACGUAAAUAUAGAAAUAUAUAAAGAUAUAGCAAUGACAACAAUUCUAAUAUAUAUUUUAUUAAGCUCGUAUUUAGUUUCCCGUUUUUCUUUUUUAGCAAGAAAUUAUACCCUCAUUAUUAUUAUUGUUUUUGUAAUGAUAUGCAAAAAUAUAUAGCAACGCUUAAGGUCAAACAUAUCUGUGCAAAUUUGACAAAGCAACCUAACUCGACUUAGUAUUUUUAUGCUCACAGGCUGCAAACGGAAAUAUUUUUUGAAACUUUUCAACUAUUUAACCAAGAAAAUCGCUUGUUUGGCGUAACUUUUUCUCAAGUAAUUAAAUUUAAUUUUUAUUAAUUAUUUUUAUUUUUUGUAAUUUUAAAUUUUUCUCAAAUUAUUUAAUUUUAAUUUCUUAUAUUUGUUUCUCUUUAAUUUUUAAAAAUCCAUUUAAUUUUCUUAAAAAUAUCAAUUUAAAUGUACUUAAAGCAAAACCGGUCAAAGUCACUUCUGUUGUUUUGUUAAAAUUUCACAACUAUGUAAGUACAGUUAACUAAGAAUAUUGGUUCAUUAUAUGUGUGCUCAUAAUUUCACUUAAUUGUUUUUUUUUUAAUUAUUUAUAUUUACACAAGUAACCGGCAAGUUAAUUAUACGCUACCGCAACAGUCAAAAGUUUGGAGUAAAGCCGCUUUAGAAACCGUUAUAUAUGUACAUAUAUAUGUGCAUAGAAAAUCGCAGAAUUUCAGAGCAAAUCCAAUAGGAUUUCAUAUAAAAUCAGUCAAAGCCGCUGCCAAUGUCGAUUAAUCGGUGGGACAGCAUAUUUUUCUACUAACAGAAAUGUUGCGUAUACGCACUGUGAAACUGACGGACUUAAGUACUUCAAAAGUAAUUUAAUAUUAUUUUUUUUGAUUUUUUGAUUUAAAAAUAAUAA